GGAGCUCUGCGGUGCCAGCUUCCCGAGGCCCUGCUGGGAAAGCGGUCCGAGGUUCAACCCGCGGCCAAGCCCCGGCCUGUCCUCCUGAUCUCCAGCUGCAGCCAGACCCCUCCUCCGAAGCCAUGGGUCCCUCCUGCCCUGCACUCCCGUCCACGACAAAGCUCGGGCUGUGGUGGCUCCUUCUGAUCCCGGCAGGUGAGCGGGGGUGAUCACUAGGACAGGGAGCCAAGCGCCCACCACCGCAGACUUCCGGAGACCCCUCUCUCCCCUCCCGCCCCACAGCAUCCGCGCAGCGAGCUCCCCACACCCAAGCCGAGGACCGCCUCUUCAAACACCUCUUUAAGGACUACAACCGCUGGGCACGGCCCGUGCCCAACACCUCGGAUGUGGUGAUCGUGCGCUUCGGACUGUCCAUCGCCCAGCUGAUCGAUGUGGAUGAGAAGAACCAGAUGAUGACCACCAACGUCUGGCUAAAGCAGGAGUGGAGCGACUACAAGUUGCGCUGGAACCCAGCCGAUUUCGGCAACAUCACGUCCCUCCGGGUCCCUUCGGAGAUGAUCUGGAUCCCCGACAUUGUCCUCUACAACAAUGCCGAUGGGGAGUUCGUGGUGACCCACAUGACCAAGGCCCAUGUCUUCUCCUCGGGCACCGUGCACUGGGUGCCGCCCGCCAUCUACAAGAGCUCCUGCAGCAUCGACGUCACCUUCUUCCCCUUCGACCAGCAGAACUGCAAGAUGAAGUUCGGCUCCUGGUCGUACGACAAGGCCAAGAUCGACCUGGUGCAGAUGGAGCAGAUGGUGGACCUGAAGGACUACUGGGAGAGCGGCGAGUGGGCCAUCGUCAACGCCACCGGCACCUACAACAGCAAGAAGUACGACUGCUGCGCAGAGGUCUACCCGGAUGUCACCUACUACUUCGUCAUCCGCCGCCUGCCGCUCUUCUACACCAUCAACCUCAUCAUCCCCUGCCUGCUCAUCUCCUGCCUCACCGUGCUCGUCUUCUACCUGCCCUCCGACUGCGGCGAGAAGAUCACGCUCUGCAUCUCCGUGCUGCUCUCGCUCACCGUCUUCCUGCUGCUCAUCACCGAGAUCAUCCCGUCCACCUCGCUGGUCAUCCCGCUCAUCGGCGAGUACCUGCUCUUCACCAUGAUCUUCGUCACCCUCUCCAUCGUCAUCACCGUCUUCGUCCUCAACGUCCACCACCGCUCCCCCAGCACCCACAGCAUGCCCCGCUGGGUGCGGGUGGCCUUCCUGGGCUGCGUGCCCCGGUGGCUUCUGAUGAGCCGGCCCCUGCCACCCUUGGAGCUCCGCGACCCCCCGGAUCUGAAGCUCUGCCCCUCCUACCACUGGCUGGAGACCAAUGUGGACGCAGAGGAGAGGGAGGAGGAGGAGGAAGACCGAUGGGUGUAUGCGGGUCAUCCGUCCCCCUCCACGGGCAUCCCCUACAGCCAUGGCGGUCUGCACCCAGGGGCCUCAGGUCCCAAGGCGGAGGCCCAGUUGCCGGAAGGUGGGCUCCUGCUGUCACCUAGCAUCCAGAAGGCACUGGAGGGCGUCCACUAUAUUGCAGAUCACCUGCGGUCGGAGGAUGCUGACUCUUCAGUGAAGGAAGACUGGAGGUACGUGGCCAUGGUCAUCGACAGGAUAUUCCUCUGGUUGUUUAUCCUUGUUUGCUUCCUGGGGACGGUCGGACUCUUCCUUCCUCCGUUCCUGGCUGGAACGAUCUGAUGUCAUGUCGCCUGCUUUGGCCCUGAGAGGGCAUGACUGACCAUCUUUAACUGCUGCUGCCUUUGGAGUAUGCCUUUGGGUAUACUCCAGACUACAGGUCCUCUGUGGAGUCCUGACAUUGAAGACUCGUUGGGAUGAUUCACUUGACAUUAUUGUAGUGUGUGCGGGGAAUCGGCUGGGCACAGAGCCUUGCUUGGAUGCUGAGGAGCUAGG